GGCCUUGGGGACUCCAAGGGGCCACUUUACUCCCCAAAAUAUGACAGUUUCUCCCCAAAAUAUAAAAUUUCUCGUGGUCCGCGGUCUCUGCUGCCACCGCGUGGCAAAUGUGCGGAACUGCACGCGCGGUGGUGUGCCGAAAACACCGCAUGCGUGGUGGUGUGAAGAGAAAAGCGCAUGCGUACAGGUGUGCCAAGAAAGGCGCAUGCGUAGCGUUGUGUCGAUGCAAAUACGUGCGUAGGACUGGUGGCAGGUGUGGAGGCAUGCCAGGAGUGGUGCACGCUGUGUCGGACUUGGCACGUGCGUAGUGUUUGCCGGAUCUGAUGCAUGCAUACUGCUUUGUCAACAACAGUACGUGCUUUGUAUUUUGGGCACGGGCUUUUGUGCUGUUUUGGGGCAGUCUGGGGGUCCAUGCAGCUUACAUCAAGGCACGGUGCAAUGAGUCAUACUGCUCAGGGUCUGAAUUCGGGGCAUUUGGGCUUUUUGUUGUCAUAACAGGGAUCCAUCUGGGCCCUAGAUUUGGAGACAGGUUUGGGGCCAGGUGAUGAGGAUGGUCAAGCAUGACCUGCCCUUCAUGAACCUGUGCUGACUAGGCCUGAUCUCCUGGACACUGCGCACAUGCCGUGCAAUCUCAUCUAAGAUGAUUUGCUCCAUAACCUUCCCUGUUACCAAGGUCAGGCUAACAGGCAUAUAGUUCCCCGGAUCCUCCUUACGGCCCUUCUUGAAGAUGGGAGUCACAUCAGCAAGCCUCCAAUCCUCUGGGACAUCACCAGUUAACCAGGAGCACUGACAGAUGGCUCAGAGGGGCUCAGCAAUCACCCCUGCCAGCUCCCUCAGCACCUAAUGGUGCAGCCCAUCCGGUCCCAUGGACUUGUGACAGUCCAGACGGAGGAGAAGCUCUCUGACUAUCUCCACCAGAAUCGCUGGGGGCAUAUUCUGAACAGCGUCCCAGACUUCCAGAUCGGGGCAUAAAAAGCCCAGAGGAUAACUAGCCUGGCUAUUAAAGGCAGAUGUAAAGAAGGCAUUGAGGCCCUCAGCCCUCUCCUUGUCCUCAGUGACCACAUUCCCUGCUGCAUCAAGUAUAGGAUGAGAAUUAUCUUUGGUUCUUCUUCUGCCGUUGAUAUAUUCAUAAAAGGAUUUUUUUUAUUGUCUUUUACUGCAGAGGCCAAUCUGAGUUCAAGUUGGGCUUUCGCCUUCCUAACUUCCUCCCUGCAUACCUUAGCUACUUCUUUAUAAUCUCCCCAAGUAGCCUGCCCCUUCUUCCAGAGGACGUAGGCUCUCUUUUUCUCCUUGAGUCUCAACAGUAAUUCCCAGCUCAUCCACACCAGUCGUCUUCCCCUACGGCAUUCAGAGACAGCCUGUUCCUGUGCCUUUAAGAUUUCUGUCUUGAGGAGCAUCCAGGCUUCCUGGGCCCCUUUAUCCUUGAGAAGCGACUCCCAAGGGACCCGCGCUACAAGCACACUGAACAGAUCAAAGUCUGCCCUCUAGAAGUUCAAGAAGGUGGUUUUGCUGGUCACUCAUUCGACAUCCUCAAGAAUGGAUAAUUCUACAGUUCCGCAGUCACUCUGCCCAAGACGAUCUCCAAUCUUCACUUCUCCACCAGUCCUUCUCUGUUAGCAAAGACCAGGUCCAGCAGGGCACCGCCUACCAGUUGCAUAAGGAAGCUAUCUUCCACAAGUCUAUAAACCUCCUGGACUGCUUCCUCAGUGCUAUAUUAUAUUUCCAACAUAUAUCAUCAACAUACAUCAUUCCUUGAUGUUUAACCCCAUUGAUACACCAACAUCACCUCGCAGUGUCACCCCACCACAUCACAUCACUGCAGUAUCAUCCCAAUCUCACCACAAUAUCAACCCUGAGCAUCACUCCAGCAUUACUCCUUGAUGUGUAUUACCUCAGUAAUACCCCAGCAUCACCCAUCACCCCAACAACAGCCCCUGCUGUCAAUCCCAGUGAUAACCCAGCAUUACAUCCCAACGUAAUGGUACAUAGAGGCAAGUAGCAGGUUCACCCACUGAGGACACCCAUAUAAUCAAAGAACGUUAGGAUGCUAUAAUCACAAAAUAAAAAAGAGAGAUAGGCAAAGUAAAUUAUUAUAACAAAAGAGAAUAAAUGGAAGACUUACCCUUAUGCUGAGUCCACCUGCAAAUCACCAGUAGGGGCAACCUCCAGAACAGAUCCUUCCCCACUGGUAGCCAGCUCUUAAAUAGGUCUAGGAGAGGUGCAGCCUGGCUCCACCCCUUCCGGCAGCACAGGUGAAUUGAAUUGCCUUCACCUGUGCUCCUCUGGCUGACUCACAGCUCGCCUCAGGUGAUCAAUCAAAGGUUCAGGCCAUGACUCAGCAGUUCCCAUACAACACCAAAUCCUGAAAUAUUUUCACGAUGGUCUUUAAUUGCAAAGCGAGCAGGUGACACACAUUUCUCACUGGGGAGCCAUAAGCUGACCCUGGCAGUUUGGCCAACAGCACUUGCUCCAUUCACACCGAUAAUCUCAACCCUUUGCUGUCCAGGCUGCACACACAGCUUCUCUACAUCUUGCUGUGUUUUGAAAUCUGUGCUCCCCUACCUAUUAGAAACAUCACCAAUUGUCUCUGAGGACAGAUUGGGAUCAAAAUACGUGGGCAUAUACAUACGUACAUCAUAGCUCAUCCACUGAUAAACCUCCCAUUGCUGGACAGGCAGACCCAAUUACCUGCCAGUCAUUACUUUUUAUUUAUUUAUUUUUCUUUCUUCAUACCUUUAUGGGAACUGUGAGGUCACAGCCUGAAGUAGUGAUUAAGCACCUGGUGAGGGGUGUAGCCCUGCGAGCACAGGUGGAAGCAAUUCUCCUAUGGGACCAGAUAGGGCUGAGCCUGGCUCCACCCCUCCCUGAUCGCAUUUAAGGGCUGGCAGCCACAGAGGCAGCAUCCCUUUGUGGAGACUGCCUUCUUGGGAGCCUUGGGUGAGCCCUUGGAGUAUGGUGAGUGAUUCCUUCUAUGUUUCAAGGCUCUGGGCUUCUCUUUUUGUUAGAUCUUGCCCAUAUAGCCGUCAGCCCUUCAACGUGGUCAGGAUCUGUAUCUGGAGGCUGUCUCUUUUGGGGUGUGGGAUGUGUUUCUUUCUUUAUUGCAGGGCCAUUAUCUCCCCUUUUUGGGGUAUCCUGAUCACUUUUAAGGGUUGGCAGCUGUAAGGGUAGUAGCUCUACCUGGGGACUGCUUCCUCUAGAGUGUGGGGUGAGCCCUUGGAGUGGGAUGAGUGGUUCCUUUUUUAUUUCAAGGCUGUGAUUCCUCCUUUUUUGGGGGAUCCUGACAGCAUUUAAAGGUCUGUAGCUGUAAAGGUGUUUUCUCUUCCUGGAGGCUGCCUCUUUGGGUGUGUGGGGUGAAUAUUUCCUUUGUUAUUUUGAUGGGAGCUCUGUGUUUUUCGGGGGAUCCUGACCGCGUUUAAGGGCUGGUAGCUGUAAGGGUGGGGUCUCUGUCUAGAGAUUGCUUCCUUUAGAGUGUGGGGUGAGUGUUUGUCUUUGGAAUGGGGCAAUUGAUUUUCUCUUUGUUGUAGGGUUAUGAACUCCCCAUUUUUUACAGGAUCCUGACCACAUUUAAGGGCUGGCAGCUGUAAGGGCAUCAUCUGUACCUGGAGACUGCUUCCUUUAGGAUGUGGAGCAAGCACUUGGAGUGGGCUCGAUGGGGUUUAAGGAUUGCCAGGGCUCCUCUAAUCAGCGGUGUGAGAACUGCAGAGCAGGAAAGGCGUUCCAUCCCUCGGUUCAUAUUUGUGGCUGUUCUCUGGACGUGCUCCAACAGCUCCACGUCUGUCCUGCACUGUGGGUAUCCACAUCCAGACACAGCACCUCCAGGUGAGGUCUCACUAGAGCAGAGGGGCAGGGCCACCUCCCUUUGCCUACUGACCUACUGAUCUUUGGAUGGAGCCCAGCACACGGUUGGCUUUCUGGGCUGGGAAGGUACAUUGCUGAGUGCCCACUACUCAGCCUGUUGAGGUCCCUCUGGAUGGCGUCCUGUCCCUCUGGCGUGUCACUGCACCCCACAGCUCAGUGUCAGUAGGGUUCGCUGACAAUGUCACUGAUGAAGGGGCAAUCCCAGAUGUUUAGAUGAACUCAGCAAAGAACACCUUGAGAGCAGCCCCACAGAGAAAGAUUUGCGGAUCCUGGUGGAUGAGAAGGUGGACAUGAGCCAGCAGAGUGCGCUUGCAGCCUGGAAGGCCAACGGUGUUCUGGGCUGCAUUAAAAGAGGAGUGGCCAGCAUGGAGAGGGAGGGUCUUCUCCUGACUGCUUCAACUUCUGAAAUACCAUUGAGAGUGGCUCAGUGACUGCAGUGGUGAAUUCCCUCAGAACUCUGGGACUCAUCUUGUCAGACCCAAAGACUCCUGGAUGUUCAGGUCCUCAGGUGGCAGCAGAGCUGUGGUGCUCCCGAGUGCCGUAACGACUGCAUGGAGAUGUGUGGGUCUUCAUGGGAACAGCAAGGAACUGGAAUCUGCAUCUCUUGGAAUGCCCCGGAACCUCGCUUUGCUGGCUGGUAAUUGUCUGCCCAGCAGGUGGCAGCAGAGCUGCGGUGCUCCUGAGUACCGUAACGACUGCAUGGAGAUGUGUGGGUCUUCAUGGGAACAGCAAGGAACUGGAAUCUGCAUCUCUUGGAAUGCCCCGGAACCUCGCUUUGCUGGCUGGUAAUUGUCUGCCCAGCAGGUGGCAGCAGAGCUGCGUUGCUCCUGAGCACUUUAAGGACAGCACGGAGAUGCGCGGCUCUUCAUGGCAGCAGCAGAAACUGGAAUCUGCAUUUCAUGGAAUGCCCCGGAACCUCGCUUUGCUGGCCGGUAAUUGUCUGCCCAGCAGGUAAGGGCAGUGCUCACCCACCAUUGUAUACUCAUUACUUACUGAGGCACAAGGUAGGGUUCCCAGAGCUCAUUUCUGCACUUCAUGGUGCCCUGAAUGCUGUCUGUCCUUUUCUUUCUGUGUUCUCCUCACCUCCAGCCUUUCCCUGCUGUGUUCUCCUUGCCCUCGCUGUUCCCUACUGCGUUCUCUUGCCCUCCUGUUUUGGCGUUCCCUGUGGCAUUCUCUUGGCCAUUUGCCCUUGGCCACCUUUGCUGCGUUCUCUUUGGCCUUUGGUUCUGGCCAUCUGUGCCACAUUCCCUUGGCCUUUGUCCUUGGCCUUCUUUGCCACGUUCCCUUUGCCUUCUGUUCUGGCAUUCCCUACAACAUUCUCUUUGGCCUUCAGUUUUGGCGCUCCUGGCUGCAUUCUCUUUGGCCAUUGCCCUCAGCCUUCUUUGCCACAUUCCCUUUGGCCUCUUGUUUUGGCAUCCCUUACGGCGUUCUCUUUGGCCUUUGGUUUUGGCGUUCCCUUCCAUGUUCUCUUUGGCCAUUGCCCUUGGCCUUCUGCGUUGGCCUUCCAUGCAGCGUUCUCAUGGACCUUGCCCUCCAUUUUGGCCUUCCCUGAUUUGUUUUCUUUUGUCUCUGUUUUGGCGUUCUCUGCGGCCUUCUCCUCAGGCCUGGCCUGUGACGAGGCUUUCUCUUCAGUGCUCUCCCUGCCUUUGCCUUCCCUUUGCCUUUGACGUUGCCUUCCCUUGGGUGUCGUCCAUGCCUUUGCCCUCCGUUUUGGCGUUCCCUCAGCUGUUCUCCUUGCCUUUUGCUCUUACCUUUGCCUUGGCCUUCCCUAUCGCUCACUCUGAGCACGAUCCUAAUAACCCUAACCUCAAUACUUUCUCCCCAACCCUAAGCUCUGAACCCCAAAUGUAGUGUGAAUUGCAGCCAUGACUGUAUAGAUACCUGUGCAAAUUAACCCUGCGCCUUCCAUAGUGCUUUCAAUUGGGCACUGAACCCCUCUGUAACCUUCUGUGUAAUACUAACAAAAACCCCACAGCUUCCCUGUUAAAUACUCCUAACCUUACUCUGAAGCCAUUUCUUGGAGCUGUGUUUGGCUUCCAUGUUUUGUGGGUGGGCUGACUGAGCAUCGUUUCUGUCUCAGCGUUCCUCCUUCUAAAGCGUGUCUCUGUAUUACAGGUGAAGAUGCCUUCGAUGCUUCCAGUUGAUGGCUUCCCCCCUGCAAUGCCAUCGUCUUUCCAGUCCUCCCGCACUCACCGCCUGCUCGGUUCAGUCCAGCCGUUACCUGAAUCCCUGCUCCGUUCCCUUUCCUGAGUGCUGUAAGGACAGCAUGGAGAUGUGCGGCUCUUGAUGACAGCAGCAGGAACCGGAAUCUGCAUUUCCUGGAACGCCCUGGAACCCUACUUUGCUGCCUGGUAAUUGUCUGCCCAGCAGGUGAAGAUGCCUUCGAUGCUUCCAGUCGAUGACUUCCCCCCUGCGAUGCCAUUGGCUUUUUUGGCCUCCCACACUCACUGCCAGCUCAGUUCAGUUGAGCCGUUACCCGAAUCCCCGCUCCGUUCCCUUUCCACGAUCUUCCUGUCACUCUGCCACAAGCCCCCACCAAGGUCAUCGCAGGCAACAUGUGGGAUGCGGCACUCGGUCUCACUGCAGUUCAUCCCAUCAGCUUCAGCCCAGCGAUCCAACCCACCCGCACCCUUCCUGAGGGCCCUUCUGUUCCCAGGCCAAUCAACGCUUCCUUCUGAUGCCAUCUGCGUUCCUUCCUGGCCACUUUAAGACUCGUGCCCCUUUGUGGCCAUUUUGAGAGUUGCGCUGAUUUCAGCAUGUGCGUUCAAUUGACUUCAACCAAAUUGGCUUUAGCUUUACAUUCAAUUAAUGUAAACCAAAUUGGCUUUAGCUUUACAUUCAGUUGACUUCAACCAAAUUGGCUUUAGCUUUACAUUCAAUUAAUGUAAACCAAAUUGGCUUUAGUUUUACAUCCAAUUAAUGUAAACCAAAUUGGCUUUAGCAUUGCCUUGCUUACGGGGUUGGGUUAGCUUUGCUUUGUUUGUUCUAGCGCAGGGCUAACCCAACCCCGUAACCAAGGACCGGUGGAGGCGAUUUUGUUCCUCCCGGCCAGUCUGAGACUCGCGCCCCCUUGUGGCCAUUUGAAGAGUUGCGCUGAUUUCAGCGUCUGCAUUCAAUUAAUCUCAACCAAAUUGGCUUUAGCCUUGCAGUCAUUUUGCAUCAACCAAAUUGGCUUUAGUUUUACAUUCAAUUGACUUCAACCAAAUUGGCUUUAGCUUUACAUUCAAUUAAUGUAAACCAAAUUGGCUUUAGUUUUACAUCCAAUUAAAUGUAAACCAAAUUGGCUUUAGUUUUACAUCCAAUUAAAUGUAAACCAAAUUGGCUUUAGCAUUGCCUUGCUUACGGGGUUGGGUUAGCUUUGCUUUGUUUGUUCUAGCGCAGGGCUAACCCAACCCCGUAACCAAGGACCGGUGGAGGCGAUUUUGUUCCUCCCGGCCAGUCUGAGACUCGCGCCCCCUUGUGGCCAUUUGAAGAGUUGCGCUGAUUUCAGCGUCUGCAUUCAAUUGAUCUCAACCAAAUUGGCUUUAGCCUUGCAGUCAUUUUGCAUCAACCAAAUUGGCUUUAGUUUUACAUUCAAUUGACUUCAACCAAAUUGGCUUUAGCUUUACAUUCAAUUAAUGUAAACCAAAUUGGCUUUAGUUUUACAUCCAAUUAAAUGUAAACCAAAUUGGCUUUAGUUUUACAUCCAAUUAAUGUAAACCAAAUUGGCUUUAGCAUUGCCUUGCUUACGGGGUUGGGUUAGCUUUGCUUUGUUUGUUCUAGCGCAGGGCUAACCCAACCCCGUAACCAAGGACCGGUGGAGGCGAUUUUGUUCCUCCCGGCCAGUCUGAGACUCGCGCCCCCUUGUGGCCAUUUGAAGAGUUGCGCUGAUUUCAGCGUCUGCAUUCAAUUAAUCUCAACCAAAUUGGCUUUAGCCUUGCAGUCAUUUUGCAUCAACCAAAUUGGCUUUAGUUUUACAUUCAAUUGACUUCAACCAAAUUGGCUUUAGCUUUACAUUCAAUUAAUGUAAACCAAAUUGGCUUUAGUUUUACAUCCAAUUAAAUGUAAACCAAAUUGGCUUUAGUUUUACAUCCAAUUAAUGUAAACCAAAUUGGCUUUAGCAUUGCCUUGCUUACGGGGUUGGGUUAGCUUUGCUUUGUUUGUUCUAGCGCAGGGCUAACCCAACCCCGUAACCAAGGACCGGUGGAGGCGAUUUUGUUCCUCCCGGCCAGUCUGAGACUCGCGCCCCCUUGUGGCCAUUUGAAGAGUUGCGCUGAUUUCAGCGUCUGCAUUCAAUUAAUCUCAACCAAAUUGGCUUUAGCCUUGCAGUCCUUUUGCAUCAACCAAAUUGGCUUUAGUUUUACAUUCAAUUGACUUCAACCAAAUUGGCUUUAGCUUUACAUUCAAUUAAUGUAAACCAAAUUGGCUUUAGCUUUACAUUCAAUUAAUGUAAACCAAAUUGGCUUUAGUUUUACAUCCAAUUAAAUGUAAACCAAAUUGGCUUUAGUUUUACAUCCAAUUAACGUAAACCAAAUUGGCUUUAGCAUUGCCUUGCUUACGGGGUUGGGUUAGCUUUGCUUUGUUUGUUCCUAGGCAGGGCUAACCCAACCCCGUAACCAAGGGCCAGUGGAGGCGAUUUUGUUCCUCCCGGCCAGUCUGAGACUCGUGCCCCUUUGUGGCCGUUCUGAGAAUUGCAAUGUCUUUGGAUGGGCUGAGAUCUGCACUGCUUUUGAGGUGGGUUCUCACAAAUGUGGUGUCACUAAUGGGGUAUGGUGGGUUUGUACCCUUUCUCUGGUUGGUCUGACGUCUAUGUGAACCAUGUGUUACAGCUGUACUGCAUAUGUGUGUGCUGCGCCUGUAAAUUGCGUCGUGCCAUGUAUGCAAUAUGUGUUAUGUUGCGCCUGUAAACUGUGUUGUGCCUUGUACAGAAUGUGUGGAUGCUGUGCCUAUAAACUAAGUUGGGGAAUCACAGACCCCUAUUCAUUAUAUGUUCUGCUUCUCAAUGCAUAGUUGCUGGUAUAGCGUGUAUAUACAUACAUGUAUAUGAUUGUAUGAGUCCUGCCUUGUGGAAACAGU